AUGCCGUUGGCCUCCGUGGACACAAGAGGUGACAUGAGCGCCGACCCAGAUUUCAAGCCGCCGUCUACCCUUUAUGACAUGCUGUCGGCAUUCUCAUCGCCUUCGGGAUCCAUGAAUUACUCGCCAAAGCACUCACGCAAACCGCUGAGCCUACUGAGUUCUCGAAACAUUAACAUGAAAAACCUCCUGCUCAACUUGAGUCCUUCCACUAACUCCUCCACCACGCUGCCGCCACGCCGCGGUAAGCCUCUUGCAUUGGCCAUUCCACUGGGUCUCCUGCCGACAGUUGAUCAUCUACCUCACCAUUCCCACAAUGGCAUGUCUACGCCACUCAACCUCACACAUACCACAAGCUUCGAGGCUCCUGUGGGUCGCUUCAUGCAUCUGCUGCCCACUUCCAUGUCCGAUAUGAGCCAGGACCAGCUUCCGGACCGCUUGGAUAUGCUGGUGCGUAGCCUGAUGCUCCAAAGCCCUUUUGGCUCGUCAGGACAGUCGGCAUCAGCACUGAAGGACAACUUGGAAGUGAACUUUGGGCUGCUGGACCUUAUGGCUCCACCAAAUCCACCCUAUGGUGCAGUUCAUUCGUUGGGGUAUGAAACUGGAGGUCUCGGGGCCAGAACAGCCAAUACGGCGCCAACAGCCCAUCCAAUCCGCAAUGAUACCACCAAUGGCCAUCUCAUUGUUCCCGAGGAACUUCAGGAACAGUCAAAUUUACACGCAUACGUCAAUGGUCCUGCCAACGUACUCAACUCCAUUUUAUUUUUGUACCUGGACCCUCUCCUGUCAGAGAAAUACGUGGAUAUUAACAACUAUGAUCUUGUCAUUAAUGUUGCAAAAGAAUGCCGCGACCUCUCUGGUGAGUUCGAUGUUUCUGGAGGAAAACAGUACGUGUAUAUCCCAUGGUCACAUACUCUGUCUAUUCUGGAAAAACUACCGGAGCUCACCUCCACCAUCGCCAAAUUUGAUACACAAGGCAAAAAGAUUCUUGUUCAUUGUCAGUGUGGUGUUCUGCGCUCGGCAUGUGUCAUCGUGGCCUACUUUAUGGUGAAGUUUAAAAUCUCCGUCAACGAAGCGUACGAAUUGUUGAAGUCUGGUACUGACAACACGGCCGAGACGUGCAACCUAAACAUAGCAAAUCUGGGCAAUACAGUCCAGGCCUGUGACCGUAUCUGUCCCAACAUGAGCCUCAUUUUUGAGCUUAUGGAUUUUGGGGAACGAUUGGCAAGCAAGACCUCGGAAAAUUAG